AUGGCUGCAGCAAUGACAUCUCAACCGCCUCCAAAUCCCAAAUCCUCUAUACCGAAUCCCUCGCGCUCGCCUCUACCGCUCUCCGCCAGCCAGGAACAGCAGGUCCGUGAGCUCUACUUCAAGAGAGUGCGGCAAAAGUGUGCAGAUGAAGUCAGAGGUAUACAUUAGCACGAGCAUGAUAGAGCUCUCCACUUCACUUGGCUGACAAUGGCGCUUUCAGAUUUUGCAGCAUGUUGUAGCUCUCGGACAUUCACCGCCACCUUUAUGUGUCGAAAAGAACAGAAAGCGAUGAACAAUUGCAUGAAGCAGUACGCCACGCAAGCCGAGCAAGACGCGGCGAGAGAAGAGUGGUUCGCUACCAUUGACAAGAGAAGGGAGGAGAGGGAAAAGAAAGAGGCAAAGAGGAAAGAGGAUGAGAAGUUCUGGAAGGAAUGGUGGGAUAAGGAUUCCAAGAAGCCUGGUCACGCCGAUGAGAAGAACUAA